CGGGAAAAAUACAGCUUGUUUCCGCGAGAAUAUACAUACACACUAUUAUAUAAAACUCCUCUCAGACCAAAUCGAGACACACUUUUAACAGAACCUUCUGCGAGAACAUAUCGUUUGAGUAACAUAAAAAGAAAAGAAAGCAAAAAUUAUUUAUCCAGAUGGCCAACAAGUGUAUAUUCAUUCUUCUCGUUCUGUCACUGGUUAUAAGCAUCGUACUUUGUCAAACCUUUCAAUAUAGUCACGGAUGGACCAACGGCAAGCGAUUUGGGUUUUCGAAUUCGGCAGAAAUAUCCAAUCCAGGAGACGUACACUUAACCAGCGGCGACGUGAAAAGAUUGAAGAUGUUGCUGCAUGGAAACGUUGAUGACCAACCGUUGUUGAUUCAGUGUGACCUUAUGAAUAAACUGAAGAAGCUCAUUCACACAAAUAAUUACGCCCUUCAGCUGCGUCGAGAGAAAAUGCAGAACGACGAAAAUUACUGAAAUUUAUAUUCUUUCGGUGUGAUGCUUGUCAUAUGUUGAUUGCUUCGAAGAAGUAGCAUAUAGCGAAUAUAUGUAGAUAGAGACACUUAGUUCUUGUCAGAUUAUAAUAAAUUGCUAUUGCUUAUA